GGGCGGGGCUUGCAGUGAGAGGCGUUUAAAUGUUGCUCAGGACUGCCGGAAGCUGGUUUGGUUGGUAUGUGGGAGAGAGAGUAGUGUUGUGCAGCGGUCACGACUAUGUGUAACAGGCUUGCCUAGCAAUGGCAGACAUGGCUGAAAUAAUCUCCGUCAGCGCCGGUUUGCUCUUGCCUUCCACUAUGAACGCCACCGUCAAGGUCCAGGAGGAAGCCAGCGCGGCUGUUGCAGCUCUCCCUGCACCCCAGAACAGUGAGGACUACCUGUUUGUGGAGACCAGACACCCCAGCACAGUGCUGCAGGGCCUCAACAGCCUGCGCCUCAACAACGCCUUCUGUGAUGUGACUUUGUGCUGCGGAGGACAGGAGUUCCCCUGCCACCGCAUAGUGCUGGCAUCUUUCAGCUCUUACUUCCAGGCGAUGUUUUCCGCUGACCUGAUAGAGUCCAAGCAGGAGCGUGUUGCCAUCAAUGGUGUUGAGCCUCAGAUGAUUGGCAUGCUGGUGAGCUACGCCUACACAUCAGAGGUCUACAUUUCCAAAGCCAACGUGCAGGCGCUGCUGGCAGCAGCCAACCUGCUGGAUGUGAUGGCGGUCCGAGAGGCCUGCUGUCGCUUCAUGGAACAUCAGAUGGAUGAGAUGAACUGCGUGGGGAUUCACUGCUUUGCUGAGGCCCAUUCUUGUAAGGUGCUGGAGAAACGUAGCAUGGACUACAUCCUUGAGCACUUCAGUACUGUCUGUCUGCAGGAGGAGUUUCUGUCUCUGUGUGUGGACAAGCUGACAGAAAUCCUCACCAGCGACCUCCUCAACGUGCCCAAAGAGGAGACUGUGUUCGAGGCCGCCAUGUUGUGGUUGAGUAAAUGUCCCUCUCGCAACCAGAGCUUUGAAAAGGUCCUGGAGCACAUCCGCCUGCCUCUCAUCAGCCCCUACUACCUCCAUGAUGUAAUCGAAUCUCUGGAUGUGGUGAAGGAGAGUCAGGUCUGCCAAAAGCUCAUCUCUGAGGCCAAGGACUACCUGCUGCUCAAGGACCGCCGUGGAGAGCUCUACUGCCCCAGAGCGAGGCCUCGCAGGUCCACUGGAACAGCUGAAGUGAUAGUGACAGUUGGCGGGGAGGACGACAAGGUGGUGCUGCGCAGCGUCGAGAGCUUCGAUCCUGUGACGAGCCAGUGGAAAAACCUGGCCUGUCUGCCCUUCGCUGUGAGCAAACACGGGCUGGUGGUAUCAGAUUCGACCCUUUAUUUGGCAGGAGGGGAGUUUCCCGACGGCUCAGCCAGCAGAGAGAUGUGGCGCUAUGACCCCUGCUUUGACUCCUGGAUGGAAAUGGCUCCCAUGAAUGUCGCUCGCUCUGAGUUAGGCUUGGUGAUGCUUGACGGCUUUGUGUACGCAGUGGGAGGGUGGGAGGGACGUUCACGUCUGGACUCGGUGGAGUGCUACAACCCCCACACAAACUCCUGGCAGUUUACAGAAUCUGUGAAAAUGGCCGUCACAAGUCCAGCCGUGGUGGCUCUGGACGGUCUGCUCUACGUUACUGGUGGUGCAGUCCUAGAGGAUGGUGACGGCACAGAUCUUGCCCAGGUGUACAACCCUAAAGCGGCGAUGUGGACAGAGGUCGCCCCCAUGCAGAUCGCUCGCUCUGGAUCAGCUGCUUGUACUCUUAAAGGAAAGAUUUACGUUAUAGGGGGAUGGCAUGCCUCAACAGAGAACACAGAUAAGGUGGAGUGUUACAAUCCGAAAACCGACCAGUGGACUAUGUGCGCCCCCAUGAAGGAGCGACGCUAUCGGCCCGGCGCUGCUGUUGUGGAUGGUAAAAUCUAUGUCUUGGGAGGAGAAGAAGGCUGGGACAGAUAUCAUGACACUAUCGAGAGGUACUGUGAUGAGACGGACACGUGGGAGAUUGUCGGGGAAAUGCCCACCAGCCGCAGCUGGCUCAGCUGCGUCUCUCUUCGGCUGAGGAAGGACAUCCAAGUGAGCAGCUGUCCUGGGACGCCUGGCGAAAACUGAGGGAGGAAAUGGGAAAUCUUUUGUGUGUUUAAAAAUUGGCACUCUCCUUGGAGAUGAUGCGGUACAAAACUGAGCUGCAGAGACCAGUGCACUGAGAAACGAUGACUGGAACUUUCAGCUGUUUGAGCCAUUCCUGGUGGCAAAACGUCCCCAGUUGUUCGACAGACAGCCUGUGGAAUAAGUCUUAAUCACUUGGGAUCCUUCAUUCUGGUUUGGCAGUAGAGGAGCAGUGAUUAACCUAGAUGUCAUGUCAGUAGUGUAAACUCACUCUGUAUGAUGUGAACAUUUUUAAUGUUUUAUUGUCUGAGCACCAUGAUCUAAAUAUUUUCCCAGCCAACGGAGUAUUUUUGUAUUAUGUGAUUGUAUUUAUUGGAGCCUGAGAUAAGAAUGGUCCCCUUAAAACUGGUGAACAAAGAAUCAAUUGUGAAAUCUUUUGAAGGCUACACUGUGUGUAACAUGUCAAUGUUUUGUAAUGACACUUUGGAAGUUCUUAGUGAAUGUCUUUACUACCUGUUAUGUGUUGAGUAUAUUUUUGUAAUGUGUCAUGCAUACUAGUGAAUUCAAGUGGAACUGGCUUGUAAUAAAGAUGUUUAAUUCUUUA